AUGACUGCUCUUCAUCAUUUUAAUCCAGAAACAGUAUACAUGAUUGAAGAUAAUCCACAUUGGAUAAAUGAGAGGUUGAAUCCGAUGUGUCGUGUGUUUGAUCGUAUGUUUUGGGCUUUCAAGCAAUCGAUUGAGGGGUUUAAAUAUUGCCGACCUGUUGUCUCAAUCGAUGGGACUUUCCUAUAUGGAAAAUACACCAGGUGUAUAUUGUGUGCAACCGCACUCGAUGGAAAUAAUCAACUAUUUCCAUUAGCAUUUGCCAUUGUUGAUAAGGAAGACGGUGAUAAUUGGUCGUGGUUUUUGGAUUGUUUGAGGAUCUUUGUGACCAAUCGAGAAGAUUUGUGUGUAAUUUCAGAUCGUCAUGCUGGAAUUCUUAAGGCAAUGCAGAAAGAUUGGUGGCAACCUCCAGCUGGUCAUCACCGUUACUGCAUAAGACAUGUUCUGAGUAAUUACAAUAAAACAUUCAAGAAUGCAGUAAUAAAGGAAGCGUUGCGCAAGGCAGCAAAUGAAAACCAGAAAAGAAAGUUUUACGAGGCAAUGAAUAAUAUUCGGGAGGUGCACCCUGAAUCAUAUGAUUGGGCAAUGAAGAUUAAUUUAGAGAAAUGGACGAGAUCACACGAUGGUGGACAAAGGUAUGGCGUAAUGACAACAAACAUGGCUGAAUCUCUGAAUGGCAUGAUGAAAGGAUUUAGGGCGUUGCCUAUAACGGCAAUGGUUGAAAAAAUAUUUUUCCAGUGUGUUCAUUACUUUGAUACGCGGAGGACAACUUUUUUGGAUCAACAAAUGAAGGGCUAUAUUUUCAGUCAAUUUUGCAGUGAAACUCUGCGUGCUAAUGCAAUAAAGGCGAAUGGACACAGGGUUAGACGAUUUAACAGUCAGACCAUGGUUUGCGAAAUAAUUACUGCAAAUGGUCGGCAAAAGCAAGUGGUCAAACUCAUGGAUCAAACAUGCACAUGUGGCAAAUUUCAGGAGAUAAGAAUACCUUGUUCUCAUGCUAUUGCUGCAUGCAUGUCACAUUCAAUUGACUACGAACAAUUUGUAUCUGACUACUAUAAAUUGGAUCGUACAAUCCAGUGUUAUGCGUACACGUUUCAUCCUCUUGGACAUCCUGACUAUUGGCCUGCAGCAGAUGGACUUCCUCUCGUGCCUGACAUUUGUAGAACAAGAAAGAAAGGACGACCGAGAUCUUCUAGAAUACGUAAUGAAAUGGACUGGAGGUCUAGCCAAAUAAAAGAAACGUCCAGAGUUCAUUGUUCCGUAUGUGGAAGGGUGGGCCACAAUAAAAAAACUUGUAUGGGUGGGGAAUCUAGUAGAUAA